UUUGUUUUCAGAGCGGUGCGUCAGAUGGCACAGGAGCAGUUCUUCCUCAUGGCCACCAGGUGCUGUAUGGGACACAGACCCCUCCUGUUCUUCAUCACCCUCCUCUUCACUGUUCUGGGAAGUACGGCGAAGGAAAGAGCGAAGCACGCUGGCGAUUACUUCACGCUCUUGCGCCACUUACUCAACUACGCCUACAACAGCAACAUAAACCUUCCCAACGCAGAGGUGCUGCUGAACAACGAGAUCGACUGGCUCAAGAGGAUCCGGGAUGAGGUGAAGAGGAGCGGAGAGACGGGUGUGGAAGAGACCAUUCUAGAGGGUCAUCUGGGGGUCACCAAAGAGCUGCUGGCCUUUCAGACCCCGGAGAAAAAGUUCUACAUUGGCUGUGAGAAAGGAGGCGCUAAUCUGAUUAAGGUGAACGUAAGACGACUGCGUGUGAAACGUUCCCGCAGGUUAUGGGGGGAGCCGGUGAAUCUGAGAGAGCAGCACGACGCGCUGGAGUUCUUCAAUUCCCUGGUGGACAGUCUGGAUGAAGCGCUGAAAGCCCUCGGCCACCCCAGCAUGCUCAGCAGGAUCUUGGGCGGCUCGUUUGCAGACCAGAAGAUCUGUCAGGGUUGUCCUCACAGAACUUGUUUUGCUGUGAUUUGUGAGCAGGCCUGUGACAGUGUGACCAUGAGUGACCAUCUGUUGCGGGUGGUGCUGAACUUACUGAGGAGAGAAGUGUCCGAACACGGACGCCACCUCCAGCAGUACUUCAACCUCUUCGUCAUGUACGCCAAUCUGGGUCUGGCAGAAAAGACACAGCUGCUGAAGCUGAGCGUUCCAGCCACGUUCAUGCUAGUGGCGCUGGACGAGGGUCCCGGGCCUCCCAUUAAGUAUCAGUACGCAGAGCUCGGCAAACUCUACACCGUAGUGUCACAGCUGGUGCGCUGCUGCGACGUGGCGUCACGCAUGCAGUCCUCUAUUAACGGUAACCCACCUCUGGCCAAUCCGUUCGCCGACCCCAGCCUCACAGCUCCCAUCAUGCCCCUGCAGCAGCUAGUGGCUGAAACCCUGUUUGUGCGCACCAGCUACGUGAAGAAGAUCAUCGAGGACUGCAGCACUUCUGAGGAGACGGUGAAGCUGCUGCGCUUCUGCUGCUGGGAGAACCCACAGUUCUCCUCCACUGUCCUCAGCGAGCUGCUCUGGCAGGUGGCGUAUUCCUACACCUAUGAGCUGAGGCCUUACCUGGAUCUCCUGCUGCAGAUCCUCCUGAUUGAGGACUCGUGGCAGACGCACCGGAUCCACAAUGUUUUGAAGGGCAUUCCCGAUGACCGAGACGGACUCUUUGACACCAUCCAGCGCUCCAAGAACCAUUAUCAGAAACGGGCCUAUCAGUGCAUUAAAUGCAUGGUGGCCCUCUUCACCAACUGCUCUGUGGCUCAUCAGAUCCUGCAGAGUAACGGGGAUCUGAAGAGGAAGUGGACGUGGGCA